AUGGCCACUCCCAAGGGAACCCUCAUCGUUACCGGCGCAAACGGCGGUCUCGGAAGUGCUACUGUCAAGCAAAUUGUUGCUUCGCCCGAAUUCGCAGGGUAUCACGGCCUCUACCUCGUUCGAGAGGCAGCUUCUGCCACUGGACUAGAUUCUGUCCUUGCCACCAACCCAUCAAAUUCUCACGAUGUUCUUUCAAUGGAUCUAACGGAUAUGGACAGCGUCCGGCAAGCAGCCAAAGUUAUCAACUCACGUAUCUCCUCAGGCCAGAUCCCUCCAAUCAAGCUAUUGAUUCUUAAUGCUGGAUAUAACGAUCAAGGUAAACAGGCUUGGACGAAAGAUGGCCUCGACAUCACUUUCGGCGCUAAUUAUCUUGGACACUGGCUACUCACGCUACUUCUAUUGCAAAGCAUGAACAUAGACUCCGGCAGAAUUGUAUUGGUGGGAAGCCAGGCGCAUGAGGAACUCCUCACAGACAUUAUUUUACAUAAAUAAUAGCUUACGAUAUAGAGCUGACAGCCAUGUUUUUUUCUAGUCCCAACGAUAAAAGAAAUGAGCGGAACAAGGCAUUCGCCAACGAGAAGUAUAAGAUUAUACUCCGAGACGAAAAUACUUUUGCCGCCAUCGCGAAGGGAGACUGGAGCCCGGCGCAAGAAGUCCCAAGCUGGGCCAAUGUGUUCCGCAGAUAUGGAGCUAGCAAGCUCUUCCUGAUCAUGAUGAUGCACGAACUCCAACGCCGGGUGGAUCAAGACCCCAAUCUGAAGAAUAUCAGCCUUCUAGGCGUCCGCGUGCUGAUAUUCCAGAUCAUCAGGCCUCUCCUAUGUCUACUGAUGCCCAAUGGCCCAUACCGGACAACUCAGAAGUCGGCAUCGCAUGUUUUGAGGGCAACUGUUGAUUCCGACCAAGUGAUGGGCCUGCUCCCGAAGGAUCUGUAUUUCAAUGGCUUGGAGUUGAUGGAGACAAGCGAUGAGUCGAGAGAUCCAGUGAAGAGGGACAUGGUCUGGAAGCAAAGUAUACGCUACGCUGGACUCAAGGAGGGCGAGACUAUUUUGGGCAACUGGAAGUAG